CCACACACCAUAUGACAAGUGACUCAAUUGACUAAAUGUUGUGUGUACCCAAGGAAUAAAUAUAUUUCCACACCUCUCUUGUGACACUCCAUAAAUGCCCUAAUUCCUCUCUUUCUCGAGAUAUGGUCAACUAGGAUAGAAAUAAAGCAUUCGACUAAACUAUAUUGCGGUCUUCAUUUCAUAACCAUCGACCAUUUCGUGAAGACAAUCAUGGGAAAUCAAAAGCCUGCAUGGUUGGAAGCUCUCUAUGUGCAGAAUUUUUUUGUGCCUUGCGAAAUUCAUGAAACUGCCAAGAAAAAUGAGAAAAAUAUUUGCUGUUUGGAUUGUUGCACAAGUAUUUGCCCUCACUGUGUUCUUUCUCAUCGCUUCCAUAGACUUCUGCAAAUUCGACGUUACGUGUAUCACGAAGUCGUUCGAUUAGAAGAUCUUGAGAGGCUUAUUGACUGCUCGAAUAUUCAGGCCUACACUAUAAACGCUGCAAAAGUGGUGUUCAUUAAAAAAAGACCUCAAAACAGGCAGUUUAAAGGGUCUGGAAAUUAUUGCACUUCCUGUGAUAGAAGUCUCCAAGAACCCUAUAUCCAUUGCUCUUUAGGCUGCAAGGUUGAUUUUGUUCUUAAACACUACGAGGGCCUGUCUCCCUUCCUAAGAGUCUGCAGAACUUUGCAACUUAGUCCAGAUUUCUUCAUCCCCCAAGAUAUAGGAGAUGAUGAAAUGACAAACGAAACCCAACAUUCUACGGUUGUAGACUGCACUAUCGAUGAUCAUAAUCAGACUUCUUCAUCAGACGGCUCAGAGAACACCAGCUUCAUUUGCACUGAUUAUGUCAAAAAGAAGAGAAGCACUGGAUUAUAUGUCGGUGGAAGAUUAGUCAAUAAGAUGAUUACAGAAGAGGACAUGGCUGCAACUAUGAUCAGUAAAAGAAAAGGAAUUCCUCAUAGAUCACCUCUGUGUUAGGGCAAAAUAAUUAACAAAGUUUUUUACGAAAAAUUUGAAUUUCUUUAGACAUUUUUAGUCAAUUAUUAAUCACUAGGUCGGGUUGUAGAAAAGGAAUUCCUCAUAGAUCACCUCUGUGUUUCCCAAUUCCCAAGUUCACAGUUUUGUACAAUUAUCUGCCCUUUUUAUUUUUUA